AUGUUACAUUAUAUAGUUUCUGCAACUAACAAAUACGCUAUUGAACAAAUAGCCAAGAAACCUAAUGCUUCUGCUGGUGCGCGUAACAACCAGUGGGUUCCAAUGAACUUUGUGGAGAUGAAGAAAUUCUUUGAAGAUGAUGAAGAAAAUAAGUCCGACCGUCUUCAUCGUAUUAGGAAGCUGAUGAACGAUUUGAAUGUGUCAUUUUGGCAAUAUUUUACUGCAAAUGAAGAUAUUUGCAUCGAUGAGAGUAUGGUGCCAUUUCGUGGUAGAAUCAUAUUCAGCCAGUACAACAAACAAAAGCGGCAUAAGUAUGGUGUCAAACUAUUCAAAUUGUCCUCUGUUCCUGGAUUUACACACAAAAUAAAUGUCUACGCUGGAAAAAACGAUAUUACAAACAGAACACCCACAAAUGUUGUGAUGGCUUUGUGUGAAGAUUACGUUGACACGGGGCAUACUUGGCAAACUGACAACUGGUAUACUAGCAUUUUGGACAAACAAACUCAUCUUAUCGGGACGGUCAGAAAAAACAGGCGGGUGCUUCCUCAAAAAGUCAUCAGCACCAAACUCAAGAGGGGACAUUAUUAUGCUGAAGAGAGUUAA